AUGGCCACUGCCGUCAGCAUUCUUGAAGUACCUGACUGCCCGGUGUAUGCGGCUAAGGAUAGCGAAGAACUCCUCAAUCUCCUUCUCUUUCACGGCCGUUUCGCCAUCAUUAACGUUAUCAUUUCACGCCUUCUUUUUCUUUGCCCUACUUGA